AUGGAGGUUGGCCCGGAGAAAUGGUCAAGAUGUAAGUGUCCUGUUCCACGAUAUAGUUUCUUAACAUCAAAUAUUGCUGAAUCGUUCAAUUCUCGUUUAUGGUGGGCAAGAAGGUUGCCCAUAUGUUCCAUGGUUGAGGCAAUCCGUCAUAUCAUAGAAAAAUGGUUCAAUGAAAGACAUGAAGCCGCCAAGUCAUUUUCUGUUGAUGUGACACCGGAAGCUCUAAGCAAGCUAACUGUUGAAUUGGAAAGAUCAAGGAGAUAUGAGGUCGUUCCCAUGUCACGUACUGCUUUCAAGGUUAAGAGUUCUAACAAGACUUUUAAAGUGAACCUUGAAACGCAACCAUGCACGUGUGUGGAGUGGGAUACGAACAGGCUACCAUGCUCGCAUGCAGUUACAGCCAUAAGACAUGCAGGUGAUGAUAUAUCUAAGCAUGUGGGGGAUUAUUAUCAAGCUGCAAAAUUGCGCGAGGCAUACUCGUAUCGAGUUAAUUCAGUGCCCCCACUAGCUUCAUGGACGAUUCCUGCAAACCUUCAAGGUAUUGCCAUUGAUCCGCCUAAAAUCGGUAAACAAGCUGGACGUCCAAAGAGCACGCGCCAUCGGGCACCAACUGAAAGAACUACAUCAAGAUGA